AUGCAGAUCUUCGUCAAGACUCUGACUGGCAAGACCAUCACCCUCGAGGUGGAGUCCUCCGAUACCAUCGACAAUGUAAAGUCGAAGAUUCAGGACAAGGAAGGCAUCCCGCCCGACCAGCAACGCUUGAUCUUCGCCGGCAAACAACUUGAGGAUGGUCGCACCCUUAGCGACUACAACAUCCAGAAGGAGUCGACGCUCCACCUUGUCCUUCGCCUCCGUGGCGGUAUGCAGAUCUUCGUCAAGACCCUGACUGGCAAGACGAUCACCCUCGAGGUGGAGUCGUCGGAUACCAUCGACAACGUAAAGUCGAAGAUCCAAGACAAGGAGGGUAUUCCUCCUGACCAGCAGCGCCUGAUUUUCGCUGGCAAGCAGCUCGAGGAUGGUCGUACUCUUUCGGAUUACAACAUCCAAAAAGAGUCCACUCUGCACUUGGUUCUCCGCCUCCGUGGAGGUAUGCAAAUCUUCGUCAAGACUCUCACGGGCAAAACCAUCACGUUGGAGGUCGAAUCGUCGGACACAAUCGACAACGUGAAGUCGAAAAUUCAAGACAAGGAAGGUAUCCCACCUGACCAGCAGCGGUUGAUCUUCGCGGGCAAGCAGUUGGAGGAUGGUCGGACUUUGUCCGAUUACAACAUUCAGAAGGAGAGCACCUUGCACUUGGUGCUUCGUCUUCGCGGUGGUAUGCAGAUCUUCGUCAAGACCCUUACGGGAAAGACGAUUACUCUGGAGGUGGAGUCUUCGGAUACGAUCGACAACGUCAAGUCGAAGAUUCAAGACAAGGAGGGCAUUCCCCCAGACCAGCAGCGUUUGAUCUUUGCGGGCAAGCAAUUGGAGGAUGGUCGGACUUUGUCCGACUACAACAUCCAGAAGGAGAGCACCCUCCACUUGGUGCUCCGCCUUCGUGGCGAUUACCCGCGCCCGGCUUACUCUUACGCGGUAACAGCCCAUCUCGCUGCUAUGCCGCCAUACUACUACCACAUCAAAUUCGAACUGUACCCAACGCCCAACCCGGCGGCUGCGAACGGAACCGAGAAAACGAACGCGGGAGAGAGCAUUUUGCCUACCCCCGGCGCGAGCAUCUUUGACGAGUUACCAUCCCACCCGCAUAAGCCGCACGCCGCGGCCCGACCGAUUCCGCACAACGAAUACCACGACACGGACGGUCGACCGAAGACGUACGCUGCCACAGCUGCCGCUGCUGCGGCCGCGAACUCGAGGGUUAUCGACUGCGGUUCUCGACGCGGCAGGAGGCACAAAGAUACGAGGGUAGUUGCCGAGGAGGAGGAGGAGGAGGACCGGCAAGCAUAUGCAAUUCGGCCGAAUAACGGGCAACCACGAUCUCUUCGUCGAUCAUCGUCAUCACCUCCGCCAGGCUCUGAGACGGACGGGAUUGGACCGGAUCAGGCGGUCCGUGAUUGGAGGUUUGGGAGAGUGAGGUUGGAAAGUUACGACCUAGAGGAGGGGAAUAAAAAUAGGAACGAUAAUAAUAAUAAUCCGGCGAACAUGGUUGGGGAAAAUAAUGUUCAUGGGGCGGCCAUGGCCACACCAGCCGCGAGUUUGGGGCCAAAUUUGGGCGGUAUGGGUCUCGCGACAAAAGCGCGGUAUGCCCCUCUCGAAACGAAGAAUACCGAGGCCGGGUGGGGGGUGGUGCACCUCUACCGGGAAGGCGAGGAGUCGGCUGAUAUGAAGGCGGAUCAGCAAGGGUUACAUGAAGGGGUAACUGACGAGGGACACGGUAAAGAGGUGGACACAGGCGUUGGGGGCGACGAAGAUGGGACUAUCCUGUGUAUCCCGGCUGUACCUAGCUACAUGUCCCCGAGUGACUUCUUGGGGUUUGUCGGGGAGAGGUGGCGGGGAUAUGUCAGCCAUUACCGGAUGGUGAUGACUAGCCGAAUGAGCCGGUAUAUGGUUCUGAUGAAGUUUCGAGAUAGUAGGAACGCGAAAGUGUGGCGGAAAGAGUUUGACGGGAAGCCGUUUGACAGUAUCGAGACCGAGAUCUGCCAUGUCACCUUCAUCAAGUCGAUUAUCGUUGACACCCCGAACCAUAGCGGCGGCCAAAGAAAGCAUUCGGAAGCGAACAACGAAUACUUCUCGCCAGCAUCGCCCCUGGCCACUCACCUAAAGCCAUUCCCACCACCAACACCAGACCUCACCGAACUCCCUACCUGCGCUGUUUGCCUCGAACGCAUGGAUGACACUGCCGGCCUAAUGACGAAUAUAUGCCAACAUGUCUUCCACUGCACUUGUCUCCAAACAUGGAAAGGCUCGGGGUGUCCCGUCUGCCGGGCGACGAACCCCAAACCAGCGGAGGAAUACGACCGUGACAACCCAUACUCGCAGCCCUUUGGAUCGGGUGUGUCUAACAUCUGCGCCAACUGCAACUGCACCGACGAUUUGUGGAUCUGCCUCAUCUGCGGGAACGUCGGCUGCGGGCGCUACAACGGCGGACACGCGAAGGAGCACUGGAAGCGGACAGCACAUAGCUUCAGCCUGGAGCUCCAGACGCAGCAUGUGUGGGAUUAUGCAGGCGAUAUGUGGGUGCACCGGUUGAUCCGCGACAAGGGCGACGGAAAAGUGGUUGAGCUGCCGCGAAAUGAUAUCAAUGACCGACAACCCCCCGGGUCCGGCGGUAGAGGGAAUGGCGGUAACCCUCUUCAGGAAGAUGUGGUACCCCGGGCCAAACUUGACACCAUUGGUCUCGAGUACACACAUCUCCUCACCAGCCAGCUUGAGAGCCAGCGGGUGUAUUUCGAAGAAAUGGUCAACAAGGCUGCAGACAAGGCGGCUAAGGCCUCCGCAGCCGCCGAGUCAGCCUCCGUACAAGCAAGCGAAGCAUUACAACAGCUUGCAACGCUCCGCGAAGAGCAUCACAUCCUGCGUGAUCAAACAAUACCCUCGUUAGAGCGUGAGCUCGCCAAGGAAAAGGCCCGCGCCACCAAGUCAAGCGAGCUGGCGCGGAACAUGGGCAAAGCGUUGCGGGAGGAAAAAGAAGUCAGCGCUGGUCUCAUGAAACGCAUCGAGCAUAUCCAGGGCGAGUCGGCCGGAGCGGGACGUGCGGUAGAGCAGUUGCGGGCAGAGAACGAGGAGCUCAAAGAGAUGAAUCGAGAUCUGACUAUGUUCAUUAGUGGGCAGGAGAAGUUGAAGGAGAUGGAAAAGGAAGGGAUGGUGCAACAGGGGGAAUUAGAGGACGGGACCGUGGCUGUUCCGGAGGGGAGCGGGAGUGGUGGGGGAAAGAGGAAGGGAAAGGGAAGAAAGAAGUGA